AUGCACAUUCCUGACGGUGAGUACGAUAUAGACUUGCUGGUCUUAGCAUACGCUGGCGACUCGCCUGACCUGGCAGCGGGCUCUUCCUCGAAUGGGCCUUUGGCGCUUCGAUAUGGCUUUGUUCCUGACUCCAUGAGCCAGACCUCCCCUUUGAAGCUCUAUAGAGACGACCAGACGUGCGUGCUAGAGGCUCAGCUGAGCCUGAAGCUUCACAAGACUGGCAAGGCGCCUUCGGUGAUCUUUGAAGGGAUCCAGCAAAGACAGCGUCCUUCUGGAGCCAAUGGACCAGGCCCAGGGCCUGAUUCGUACUACUUGGCUUUCCAGCCUCCAGCAUCAGAGAACGGCACUGUUAAGGUGCUGCUACAACAGCUUGCCAAUACGAUUCGGAUGAGCAAGAGCAGGAAUGCUGAAAAGUGGAGAGACGCUAUAGUUGAGUGGCAGAAGGCGCCAGAGGACGGCAUUCACAUUCCCAAGGUUAAGAAAGAGACACCAGCGCUUCGAAAGCUGCAAGAUAAAGCUCUGGCACGUCCACAGCAGCCAAAGAAGAAGAGUCCUCAGCAGCAGCAGGCUGUUGCUAAAAGCGAACCGAAGAAACGGGCGGCCAAGCGGCCUCCGGCAGCGACUCCAGAGUCAAAAGAUAUCAUCAACAUGGAGGACUUUGAAGAUUUAGAGAGCGAUGCCGAGCAGCCUGACCUCAUGGCUGGCAGUGCACUUAAGGAGGUGAAGGCUCCAGCUAAGCAGAGUGAGCCUAAGCGCCAGGAACAGGAGAGAAAGAAACCCAAGGCUGCUAGACAGAGCAAAAAGGCGAAGAAGGAGUCUGGCGAUGUGGACAUGGAUGACGAUUUUAAGGACCUCGAGGACCAGCUCCAAGAAGUAUUGGAGUCUACGCCUUCGGAAAGUCUGCCCAAUACGUUCGGUAACACUUUUUCAGAGAGCGACGAGGACGAUGAAGACGACGAUGACGGUAGAGGCUCCCAAAAGAUUGUGAUUAACAUGACCGACGAGCCAGAGCCUUCCAAGAAACCUAUUGGCAGAAACGGUCCAGGUUCCCAGCCCAAUGGGAAACCCAUGAGUUUAAGAGAACUCUACGGUGGCAGCAAGACUGAAGAUUUCAGCAGCAGCGAGGAGGAGUAG